CGGCGCUUUAGAUACCGGAAGCGCGUCAUUGGCCUGGGGCUUGCUCAGUCCGUGUCUCAAAAUGGCGCCUCUGGACCUGGAUAAGUAUGUGGAGAUAGCUCGGCAGUGCAAAUAUCUUCCAGAAAAUGACCUAAAGCGACUCUGUGACUAUGUUUGUGACUUACUUUUGGAAGAGUCUAAUGUUCAGCCAGUGUCCACACCAGUUACUGUUUGUGGGGACAUACAUGGACAGUUUUAUGACUUGGGUGAGCUGUUUAGAACCGGAGGUCCAGUUCCCGAUACAAAUUAUAUUUUUAUGGGUGACUUUGUGGAUAGAGGGUAUUAUAGUCUUGAAACUUUCACCUACCUCCUUGCUUUGAAGGCAAAAUGGCCUGAUCGCAUUACACUCCUCAGAGGAAAUCAUGAAAGCAGACAAAUCACCCAAGUCUAUGGGUUCUAUGAUGAAUGCCAAACAAAGUAUGGAAAUGCCAAUGCUUGGCGGUAUUGUACCAAAGUCUUCGACAUGCUCACGGUAGCAGCUUUGAUAGAUGAACAGAUCUUGUGUGUGCAUGGCGGACUUUCUCCUGAUAUCAAAACUCUAGAUCAAAUCCGAACCAUUGAGCGUAACCAGGAGAUCCCACACAAAGGAGCGUUCUGUGAUCUAGUAUGGUCAGAUCCGGAGGAUGUAGACACGUGGGCUAUCAGUCCUCGCGGAGCAGGCUGGCUCUUUGGAGCAAAGGUUACAAAUGAGUUUGUUCACAUCAACAACUUGAAACUAAUCUGCCGAGCGCAUCAGUUAGUUCAUGAAGGAUAUAAAUUCAUGUUUGAUGAAAAGUUGGUGACUGUGUGGUCUGCUCCUAACUACUGUUACCGUUGCGGAAAUAUUGCAUCAAUCAUGGUCUUCAACAAUGUAAACUCAAGGGAACCAAAGCUAUUUCGUGCAGUUCCAGAUUCAGAGCGUGUAAUUCCACCAAGAACAACAACGCCCUAUUUUCUUUAAAAUAUAUUUUGUUCUUGGUUAAAAACAAUCUUAAAAUAUAGUCUGCACAAUGGACUGUAAACAUGCAUUGUGUUGCGUAGUCAAGAUUCAAGAUGUAGAAUUUCAGCCAUUCUAUCAAAUAUUUUAAAUGCUAAAUUGAAUAAAGUGGUCUAAAGGGCUGCCUUUUUCUUUGUUUUUAAUGCUAGCAGAUAUUGAGAAGCUGAUUUAUGUGCUCCAGUAAUUAAAACUUUGUACAUUAAAAUAAUUGUAUUGAUCAGUUUUCAAAUUUCAUUGUAUUUUAAUAUCGUAAUAUGGUGACAACAAUCCUCAUAGGUUAAACUAUUGAAAAUAAACUGCUUUAUUAUUAAAUCAAAUGUUUAUUGCCCUUUCUGAUUUAAAUCAGUGAAUUUUAAAUUGGGAAUUAUUUCAUUCUUACAGUUCUGCAUCAGUUAUGUAUAUGUUGAAAUGUGAAGUCUUGUACGUAGUUUGGCUACCAACGGUCUGAGCAUUUGAUGCUCAAGUUAUUUACAACAAUUCCCAAUGAAUGGGGCAUUUUAUAUUUAGACUUUUUUUUUAAUAUAAUAUUUGCUUUUCGUAUUUAAACAUUUUUUGAAGUUUCAAAGCCAACUAACUUUUAAAGUUGUUGCGUAGUUGACUAACCUUGUUUGACUGGAGUUGGAAGCCAUCCUGUUAUUAUUCGAGCCUGUUUUGUGGAAGUUCUUGCUUUUUUUUUCCCCGAAUCAUUUUGCUGUUGAUUUUAGCCUGGAUUAUUGUUCUGUAUUUGCUGAAAAGCAAAGUACUGGAUGAUAAAGUAGCCAUUGCCCUGGAUCUGGCUGUGGCAAUAAUGGCAAAACUCAGCAUUCGAUGUCAUUACUCUUCUGAAAUUGCCACAGCUUCUGGAGUCCACACAUAUGCAAUUGAAUGCAGAUAUCCAGAUGGUGCUGUCAAGAUUAUAUGCUUCCCAUAGAAUGCAAUGUUGAAGUUCACAUCUGUCACAAAAUAUUAGUAUCCACUCAAUUAAUAAACAAAUUCCACCUUUUGAUGUUGUAUGUUUCCGCAUAAAAAUCUUCGGAAAAGUUGUACAUUGUCGAAUGAGGUUUCUAGCUUAUUUUAUAUGGGGCUACAUUAACAUCUUGCUGGCUCUGAAAGUAACUAUUUACUAAGUUCUAUAUUUAAAGUUUUUUUUGUUUGGAAAAUCUAAAUAUUUCAGCAUUUAUCUUAAUCCCAUGAGUUUGUCAUAAUCUUUAUUCCUAUGCUCCAUGAAAAAAAAUAAUUUUAGUUCCUUGUUUGUCUGAAAACAGUUCAGUGUGGUUGGCUGCUUACCCUACUUGACAACCUCCAUUUCAGGAAGGAAUGGAGUUCUUUUUGACAUGGCACCAGAUUCAAAUUAAGAUUGGGCAAGAUGAAACCUGCAUGAGAGAUUACUAGGUAGUUGUGGGCAUCCUUUUUCAAGGUUAGCCAUGGUCUUCAACAUCUGGUUAUUAUUAAGUGUUGAUUUUGAAUGUACUGCCAAGUUAUUCAACCUUGAGAAUGUGCCAUCCAAUUCAAUUGACACUUGAUAAGCAUAGCCAAACAUUUGAAGUAGUAUUGGGGAAAAUAAGUUUGUUUUUUUUCUAUUUUGAAGGAGUUAAGAAUAUUGUGUGUUUCAAAGGGCUGAAUUGCUC